CAGGUUUCAUUGCUGAAAAACACAAAAAGAAGGGAAGAAAAGAGUGACUCUAUAGAUACAGUUCCCAUCUUUAUUGAUAAGAAAUAUCGGGGCUUGUGAGAGAGGAAUGGAGGAGCUUAGGAACGCUGCCUUGGCUAAUUAUCAGUCGCUGACGAAGAAGCAGAAGGGCUUAGCAAAGGAGUUCUUCAAAUCACUGGACACGGAUGGAGAUGGUAGCGUGAGUCUAGUUGAGUUCCUCGAGUUCCUCCAAGAGGCGGGCAUGUAUAACGGAACUGAUUCCGCUGAUAUGUUCAAAAUGUUCGACCGAGAUGGUAACGGGACUCUCGAUUUCAAUGAGGUCAUCACCCUCUACUACUACCUCACUCUCGUACCUGGUGUGCAAAAUCGAUCCGCUGCCAGAGGCAUAAAAGAGGGGAAAUGGAAUAGGGCUUUUAAGGCAAUGGAGGCCUUUGCCGUGGGUGCCACCAUCGGACAAGUCAUUGGAGGCGUUGCUGUGGCAGCAGCAUGUUCUAUAAUGUAAUUAAUCGAUCAGACACCUCAUGAUCGAACUCUACCUCUAGAUGGAGUAUCUAAUUAAGAGUUCUAUAUUUGUAUUGCCCUUUAAUGUACUAGGCCAAAACAUGUGAAACAUAUUAACACCAUGAUCUUUAUAUGCCUUA